CCAUCACACUUACACAGAAUAAAAACUCAAUCAACGGUCCCGAUUUCUCUCCAAAACCCAAAACGACCAAACAACACUGAUUAAGCCAGAAGCAGUCGUGAUCCAGUGCGACAGCGAUGUUCCUGCGGGCAAUCGGACGGCCAUUGCUGGCCAGAGUGAAGCAAACGACGGGGAUCGUUGGAUUGGACGUGGUCCCGAAUGCGAGAGCAGUUUUGAUCAAUCUAUACACCAAAACCCUAAAAGAGAUCAAAGAAGUGCCGGAAGAUGAAGGAUACCGUAAAGCAGUGGAGACUUUCACGAAACACAGACUUACAGUCUGUGAAGAAGAAGAAGAAUGGGAGAAGAUUGAAGAACGGAUUGGAUGUGGUCAGGUCGAAGAGCUUAUCGAAGAAGCUCAGGAUGAACUCAAGCUCAUCGGAAAAAUGAUCGAGUGGGAUCCUUGGGGUGUUCCUGAUGACCAUGAAUGUGAAAUUAUAGAGAAUGAUGCUCCCAUUCCUAAGCAUGUCCCAAGGCAUAUACCUGGUCCUCUCCCUGCAGAGUUUUACCAGACACUCGAGGCUGUGCUGACAAAACGUGUGGAACCAAAGGGUGCACCUGCUGUCACAUCUGGGGAAUCGCAGUCAAAGGCGUAACAUGCCGCCGACAGUCAUUUUGGGAAACACUGAACUUUAGUGUUGAAUCUGUUUCUUUGCUGAUAGUUUCUUGUUCGUGCUUGUUAUCUUGUAAUCCCUAUUUUCCAGAUUGAAUAGGAUUCGAUUUAUGAGACACGGGCUUGAACCAAAGGGUGUAUUUUUUCCUUCUUGUUUUUGUUUUUAUAACCCUCGCUCUUGCUUCAUGGGGAAAUAAUACAUCUAGUAUCCGAUUGAUCAGAGUACGUGUGCUGGUGCGCUCAUUAACCCUUUGUUUGAGGUCAGGAGGGCAAGUGCUCUCACGAGCUAAAUUUAGUCUAUGUAAUAAUUUCUCGUGUACGAGGCCAUGUCGUACUAUGUAGUUGUAAUGAUAUACGGUUUGUGUGCUA